AAUCUGUGUUUUACUAUCACGUUACUACCUCAUGGCCCGUGGUUAGGAUUCAUACACGGUGCCGACCGGUUGUUGCAUUCUGACAUUGUAUACCCACAUGUCGUUGCAUGUACAGUAGGUGACAUUGGGAAUGCUGCCAUGGCUAGGGUAUCAGGCUGCAUGUCCGUUUUUUUAGAGGACACGUUAGUCUUGAACGACAUAAAACUGCUUCCUUUGAGAAUCUAAACGUUUACAGUAGGAUGCAUAAUGUGGUUGGAAUGAGAACUCCAUUUUGUUGGGAAUGCUGUUUUAUUUUUAAAGGCAAAGAGUAGCAGAAAUGCAUGCUUUAAACUCCGUUUGAGGAUAUACAAGGCUUUAAAAUCAGUUUGUUUGUAAAACGCAUUCAGGUCAGAGCUGUCACCGAGUCAUUGGCUAAUGUUUUGUGUGGAGAGGUCGCCAUAAGUGGGGGAUGGGUGCCGUUGAGGCAAGUAAAACCAGUAUGCAAAGCUAAAAUCUGUGAUCGAGUGAUUUCCUUAUGUAAAUCGCUAAAAUCCUCAGCGUCUGCUCGGCAAGGAGUGUUCUUUGGUUAAUAUUCAAUUAAAUUUAUCUUCUGUUUAUGUAAUGCAUGAUAGUUUGCGAUCAAUAAUUUGUUUAUUGCUUAAAUUGGUUACAGAAUUGAACCUACAAAUGAAAUGCAAGAAUUGGAUACAUGCCAUUUAUGACCCAAUAGCCAGCUUGUAGUCCUUUUUAUAGCCGUCAUUCUAUCAGGGGUAAAUAUAGACACAGAAAUCCCAAGCUUGCAUGGUGGGCACAUUUGUGUGUUUGCACACUGCUUAAGGACAAUAGUCUUGCCACGACUAAACAACCACAUUAACUCAGUCUUACUUGCAAACAGUAGCUGGUAAUCAAAAAUACAAUUCAGAAUAUAUCAGGUUAUAAGUAGUAAAAAUGUAAAUCUCAACGUGCUUGUGUCUCCGAUUUUGAUAGAUUUUUUUUAUGAAAACGGCAUUGUUGUUUAAAGAUGAAUGCACGUUUAUUAAAUAGGAAAUGUUUUUAUCCUUGUAACAAAAAAAUCACAUUUUGCAUCAAGUUAGUUUGCUAAUACUGCAGAAUUGAUAUGCAAAUGAGUUGCUGUAAUUAAACAGUAAAGACUUUAACAGGUUUGAAGAGCAGUCUGUUCUGUUUCUUGCUUACCGGUUAUGUAACUAGUUACAUCAACAAAUUAAAGCUGAUUGUGUACAAGCACAGCAUCUUGGAAUUGCAUUUAGCUUUGUUUUUAAAUGUCUGCCAAGUCAAACUGUGGAUGGGCUUAUGAAGAAGCAAAAGGACAAAUUGUGCAGUUCGCAUGGAAUUUUCGGAUGGUUUCAUGUAUUUAUAUGGCUGUUUUUACCUUUAGUUGGGUAAAAUAUGGACAAACCCACCAGCUGGGUUAGAUAAACCUAAAAAAGUCCAUAUUUGACCCAACCAUGGGUUAAAACAACUAAGCAUUUUAAAAGUACAUGGCGAAGCUGCUGGUGUACAUAACUAGGUACGAUUGUAGACGCCACUACUUAUUUUCUCCUUACUUGUACUUUUAAAUAUCUAAUCCUGUCACACCUUUCAAAAGCCAAUAAGCAACAUUAAGGUCAGUCGAUUUACACUUGCGCUGCGUCCGCGAAGUGAGUAGUGUGUCCGAAUUUAUAGUAUUUAAAAAACAGUAGGCGAAAAAAGUACUCGCCUAAUACUUCCGGCAAGAUUUUGAAGUGAUCAUUUGAUGGACACUUUACUAUCCUGUGAGCCCCUGAUAGGGGAGUACCCAUUAACAAAGAAGGACAGGCAAAAAUUAUGUCUCAUUCCAAAAUGUCGGAAAGCGACGACGCGGCUCUAUUCAAAUGUAAAACAGUUGUUCCUUGUGGUUAAAUUGCGCUUGUUUAACUAAUGACGACGUAUGCACAUGGGUAAUGUAGUACGUCUAAAUUUCAUUCACACUAUUCAUAUUAUAUAAAACGGUCGAUGAGUAAGUACUAAUACCUACUGUAACGGGUUUCGGACACAGGUUUGGCCUUUUGGAUCUGUUCUCAUGCUGCACACAAGAUUGGCGUGCCCAUUGCAUCCCCAAAAACAAACGUCUUUUGUUUAGCUCCAGUUGUGUCCUUUUCAGCUGUCAGCGAGCAUGCCCUUUCCACGGUUCCCCCACCUGUCCACGUCAUGUCUGAAUGAACCGGCAGGGUGGCCAGGCUGGAGGCAAUAAGCACACAAUGAAUGACCAUCUGCACGUCGGGAAUCACCAGCAGAUCCAUGUUCAACAGAUGUUCGAGGAGAACAGUAACAAGCGGACUGUGUUAACUGCACAACCCAAUGGGUUGACACCCGUGAGCAGGACGGGUCUGACCAUGCCGGAGAAACAGCAAGAUGGAAUCCAGUGUCGACAAGGCAGCUCAACCUCAAUCAAAUCAACUGAAAGCAAACCCAAGCCUGCUCCUUUGACUCCAGAGCAGGCCAUGAAACAAUACAUGUCCAAGCUGACAGUGUUUGAACACCAAGAGAUCUUCAACUACCCUGAGAUCUAUUUUAUAGGUCCAAAUGCAAAAAAACGACAAGGCAUAGUCGGGGGUUCAAACAACGGAGGUUACGAUGACGAUCAGGGCUCCUAUAUACACGUGCCCCAUGACCAUGUAUCAUAUAGGUAUGAGGUACUAAAGGUAAUCGGAAAGGGCAGCUUUGGCCAGGUGGUGAAAGCGUUUGACCACAAGAACCACCAGCAGGUGGCGCUCAAAAUGGUGCGCAACGAGAAGCGAUUCCACCGGCAGGCAGCCGAGGAAAUUCGUAUCCUGGAGCACUUGCGAAAGCAGGAUAAGGACUCGACGAUGAAUGUCAUACACAUGCUGGAGAACUUUACAUUCCGCAACCAUAUCUGCAUGACGUUCGAGUUGCUCAGCAUGAACCUCUAUGAGCUCAUCAAGAAAAACAAGUUUCAGGGCUUUAGUUUGCCACUGGUGCGCAAGUUUGCACACUCCAUAUUGCAGUGUCUGGACUCAUUGCACAAGAACAGAAUCAUUCACUGCGACCUCAAGCCGGAGAAUAUCCUCUUGAAGCAGCAAGGACGCAGCGGGAUAAAGGUUAUCGACUUCGGCUCCAGCUGCUAUGAGCAUCAACGGGUCUACACUUACAUCCAGUCGCGCUUUUACAGGGCCCCAGAGGUCAUUCUGGGUGCUCGGUACGGGAUGCCAAUUGAUAUGUGGAGCUUAGGUUGCAUCUUAGCGGAAUUACUUACGGGGUACCCUCUCUUGCCCGGAGAAGAUGAAGGGGACCAACUAGCCUGUGUCAUAGAGCUGCUGGGUAUGCCCUCCCAGAAGCUAAUCGAUUCAUCUAAGAGAGCCAAAAAUUUUAUCAGCUCGAAGGGAUACCCCCGCUACUGCACAGUCACGACUUUACCCGACGCCUCGGUGGUAUUGAACGGUGGAAGGUCUCGCAGGGGGAAACUCAGAGGUCCACCAGGAAGCAGGGAGUGGGUGACUGCGCUCAAGGGCUGUGAAGACCCCCUGUUCUUGGACUUUCUAAAACAGUGUCUAGAAUGGGACCCGUCCCUGCGUAUGUCCCCGAGUCAGGCCCUCCGCCACCCUUGGCUCAGAAGACGCUUGCCAAAACCUCCCACUGGGGAGAAAACUACCGUAAAGAGGAUCACUGAGGGUACCGGUGCUAUAACGUCAAUCUCCAAAUUACCUCCCCCUUCUGGCUCGGCCACAAAGUUAAGGACUAACUUGGCACAAAUGACUGACGCCAAUGGGAAUAUACAACAAAGGACAGUGUUGCCAAAACUAGUCAGCUGAACACUAAUUAUGUUUUCUUUUACAUUGAUAUUUGUGCAAAGCUGAGCAUUCAGAUGUGUGGCAUUUUUUUUUAGGAAUAUUAGGUGUCUUUAAUGCAUAUCCAUCAUCUAUGAACUGCUUUGUAGCACCUUUUGUUGGAUUUUAAUAGGAACGCUAAAAUGGCCAAGAAAGGGGGAACAACACUUAAGUUUUUAUCUCAGGGCUUGCGUAAAAAGCUGCUUUGGAGAGCAUUCAUUAAUUUUGGUCUAUAAUAACAAACAGUCCCAGGUGGUAUAAUACCUACAUCAAGUAGCAUUACAAGUAAAAGGCCUUGCCACAUUGAAGAAAUGCAAGAAAAUACUGUUAUUUGUGCAUUCGAAAUUUUAACCACCCCCCUUAGAUCAUGUCAGAUAAAUAGCACAGUAAUGGAUACGAAUUACAAGUGCAUUUCACUAAAAGCUAUUCGAUUACCUUUCCAAGCAUCUGCGUUUUCAAUAUCAAGACUAGAUACUUAAAUAACAGACUUUUAGAUUUAUAGUAAGAGAUCGUAAUGGAGAUUGGACGUUGUAGACUGUUAUGAGGUAGCAAAGGGAAACAAUGUUUACAUGAUAGACUCGGUAUGUGCCUAUAAAUCUCUUGACAUUCCUUAAAUGAAAUGAUAUGAAAUGAGGAAAAAAGAGUGUCUACAGUCAGUCGACAGUGAUAAUAGACUGAUGGCAAAUGUAAGGGAACGGUUUGGGUAUGGUUUGACUGAGAAGAUACUGUAUUUAGCAGUACUGACAGGUGUAAUUAUAAGCUAUUCUCCGGAAGAGUUGCUUUUGAGUGCAUAAUGUCCUGGAAGGAGGAUAACUUUGGUGCUUUAGCUUUUUUAUGAAGCGUUUUUAUAGCUUGCAACUUAACGCUUAUGGAACAAAACAGUGUUAUGUAAUGAGUAAAAAAUUGCUACCACGGUAAGAUUGAAGGUUAGAGUCUUGAAUUGCUUUUUGUCUUUAUUGAUGCGUUUUUGUGGUGAUUAGGAGGACUGCAUAUGAAAUAAUACGAAGACAAGGAUGCUGUAUUUACUUUAAUGCGAGCAGGUAUUGAUGCAAUCUUUAAGACUGUGGCCGAAUGUCAUGCUUGAAUCAAGUCUUGAAUCAAAUGUUAGACAAUGCCGUUUUUCAUGUUACGCACCCCUAUAUUGUUAUGUACAACAUUGUGUGGUGGACUUGCUAAUAUCAGGCCAGAGUUAAAAUUCUUAAAGGUUGUUCCCUUUUUAAAGAAAAUUGCCACAAAGGUUUUUAAUUACAUCAAUAACAAAUCCAAAACCGUUUUAAUGAUUUGACAUGUAAUGUUUCAUAUUAGAACAUAAACAAAGGCCAUUUUUGUAGCAUUUGUGAAAAAAAUAAUUUGACUGACAUGGGUGUAAAAGUGUUGGUAUAGUUUAACUUAUUUAUUUUCUUUUUAUUGUUUCCCUAUGAAGAGCUAAUAUAAAUGAAACCAGUGGCCUGAACGUGUGCCGUUGGCUCUAUAUCUAAUGUACAUAAUUUGUAAUGCACAACAAAAUCUAUCUGCCACUACUCUGAGACCCGACUCCAGCGGGAACCAGUCCUGCUUGCUGUCAACCAGUCAUGAAUUGUGGGGGUGUGAAAAGUGGUCGAUUAUGGGCUGUCAGGGAGUCCAGCUUAGCUGUAAUGCUCAUGUCGAUCCCCACGCCCCCCAUCGGUGACUGGCACAGUGCCCAACAAGGGCCUGCUGCACACUGCUCAGGGGCCCGGGCCCCUUUAGAUGCCCGUAGUGCUUUACAGAUGCAAAAGUAUCCUGCCAACAUCAGCAGGCAUUUCACAAUGUACUUUAUACUUUUUUACUCUUCUGUGAAGCAGUGUGCCCUUAGGUUUAAACAAUGUGCCUUUGGUUAUCAAUGCCAUUAAUUUCAUUUCAAACAACGUUAUAAUCCCUUUCACUUACUUUUAAAGGUGAUCCUCUUGCACAUUGCCCAAAGAAACUCCCCAAAUCUCAUUUAAUGGGACUUGGGAGCAAGUGGCAGAGCAGGUUGUACAUCCAGUUCAGACACAUUUUUCUUUAGUCAAUCAUUUUAAAAGAGAAUUUUCUUCUCUUUUUCUAACAGGGAUGUCUUAGUACGAGACAACAAUCCUUUCUCAAUGACUAGUGUCUUCACUACUGCAUUCAUGUUGUCUUAACAUCAAGUAUUCAAGGAAAUGACAUUAGAAACGAGAACACAUUUUAAUAUUUUACCUCAGACUGUUGUAAUAUUAUUGUACUUUUUAAACCCAGGGCAUUUGGUAAAUACCAAAGUGCAUUCCUUUCUGUGUUAGUGGCUAUAAGGAAAAAAAGCCAGAUUUUUCUUUUUUACCUGAAUAAGAGACACUCAAUGGAAUAUCUCGAGUAUGAUAAUCUGUGGAGAGAGAGGAUGGGAUCUAUCUGCCAGUCACACAGCCUGCUAUAAAGUCAGAAAGAUGUAGCAUACCUCCAAUCGUGGUUGGAUGUAUCUUUCAAGGAGUUAAAAAAACUGCAACUCCCAGGAACUCCCACAGCAAGUCAGUUAACAUCCCAGUGUGCAAUACAGCAGUAGCAUCUUGGAGGCAGAUGGAAGUAGAUGGCUGAGAGUUACUUUUUAUGACUUGUAUAAAUAUAUGCCCUAACUCUUGAAUCGGUCCUUUGUAAACAAAUCUUUAACUGAGGAACAACGUUGACAUUUUUAUUUAGCCACAGAAACGUACUGUACAUAUGUGAAUUGAGAAUUCAAUGUGGAUGUGUACAUAUGUAUAAUGUUUUUAUUUUGUGAAAUGCUGCUGGAACACUACAUUUAUUGCUGUAGUGGGAGUUUAACAUUGGCGGCCAGUUUUAUGAUACUGUAUGUAUUGUACAGCUGAUGGAAGAAGUUCUUUUCUAGUGAUCUUUGUUAAAUUUUAUUGUUGUGGCUGGAAGAUAUUAAUAAUAAAAGUUUUAAUGUCUCAUCUUUACAAAA